GGGGUCCCUAGGGCGCGUCUACAUCCCGAGCCGCCCCCAUUGCUCCGCCCGCAGCGUCCGACUUCCCCUCCCUCCUUCUGUCAGUCCCUCCCUCCCUUCCCCCCUUCCUUCCCGCUUCCCUCCUGCCCACUGGUGCCGAACACGCCGAGCGUCCUCUCUUGGGACGCUUUUCCCCUUGGCUGGUCGUCCCUUGUCUCAUCCCGCACAACUUCGGGACAGUGCCGUUUGGUGUUGAAUGUUCCCCUCCGAGAACACAUGGCUGGGGAAGCGAGGAGCCGGCCGGGCCCCCGAAGGGCCGCCGUCCGGGAGGCGGUGAUGCUGCUGCUGUGCCUGGGGGUCCCGAGCGGGCGCCCUUACAACGUGGACACCGAGAGCGCGCUGCUCUACCAGGGCUCCCCCAACACCCUGUUUGGCUACUCGGUAGUGCUGCACAGCCACGGGGAGAACCGAUGGCUCAUAGUGGGGGCGCCCACGGCCAACUGGCUCGCCAAUUCUUCUGUGGUCAAUCCCGGGGCGAUUUACCGAUGCAUAAUCGGAAAGAAUCCAAAUCGGACAUGCGAACAGCUCCAGCUGGGUAGCCCUGGUGGAGAACCUUGUGGAAAGACUUGUUUGGAAGAAAGAGACAAUCAAUGGUUGGGAGUCACACUUUCCAGACAGCCAGGAAAAAAUGGAUCCAUAUUGACUUGUGGGCAUAGGUGGAAAAAUAUAUUUUAUAUAAAGAAUGAAAAUAAACUUCCUACUGGUGUUUGCUAUGGAGUACCCUCUGAUUUAAGAACAAAACUGAGCAUAAGAAUAGCUCCAUGUUAUCAAGAUUAUGUGAGGAAAUUUGGAGAAAAUUUUGCAUCAUGUCAAGCUGGAAUAUCUAGUUUUUAUACAGAGGAUUUAAUUGUGAUGGGUGCCCCAGGAUCGUCUUAUUGGACUGGCUCUCUUUUUGUCUACAAUAUAACUACAAAUAAAUACAAGGCUUUUUUAGACAAAGAUAAUCAAGUAAAAUUUGGAAGUUACUUAGGAUACUCGGUUGGGGCCGGUCAUUUUCGCAACAGGCAUACUACCGAAGUAGUUGGAGGAGCCCCUCAACAUGAGCAGAUCGGUAAAGCAUACAUAUUCAGCAUUGAUGCAAAAGAACUAAGUAUCUUACAUGAAAUGAAAGGUAAAAAGCUUGGCUCUUAUUUUGGAGCUUCUGUCUGUGCUGUGGACCUCAAUGCAGAUGGCUUCUCAGACCUGCUCGUGGGAGCUCCCAUGCAGAGUAUCAUCAGGGAGGAAGGAAGAGUGUUCGUGUACAUCAAUUCUGGCUCGGGAACAGUAAUGAAUGAGAUGGAAACAGAGCUCAUUGGAAGUGACAAAUAUGCUGCAAGAUUUGGAGAAUCUAUAGUUAAUCUUGGCGACAUUGAUAAUGAUGGCUUUGAAGAUGUUGCUAUUGGAGCUCCACAAGAAGAUGACUUGCGAGGAGCUAUUUAUAUUUACAACGGCCGAGCAGAUGGGAUCUCAUCAGCCUUCUCACAGAGAAUUGAAGGACUUCAAAUCAGCAAAUCAUUAAGUAUGUUUGGACAGUCUAUAUCUGGGCAAAUUGAUGCAGAUAAUAAUGGAUAUGUAGAUGUAGCAGUUGGUGCUUUUCGGUCUGAUUCUGUUGUGUUGCUAAGGACAAGACCUGUAGUAGUUGUCGAAGCUUCUUUAAACCAUCCUGAAUCAGUAAAUAGAACGAAUUUUGACUGUAUUGAAAACGGAUUGCCUUCUGUGUGCAUGGAUUUAACACUCUGUUUCUCAUACAAGGGCAAAAAGGUUCCAGGCUAUAUUGUUUUGUUUUAUAACAUGAGUCUGGAUGUGAACAGAAAGGCAGAGACUCCAUCGAGAUUUUACUUUUCUUCUAAUGGAACUUCUGAUGUGAUUACAGGAAGCAUGAAAGUAUCAAGCGCAGUUGCUAACUGUAGAACACAUCAAGCGUUUAUGCGGAAAGAUGUGCGAGACAUCCUCACACCGAUUCAGAUUGAAGCUGCUUACCACCUUGGGCAUCAUGUCAUCAGUAAACGAAGUACAGAGGAAUUCCCACCACUUCAGCCAAUUCUUCAGCAGAAGAACAAAAAAGACAUAAUUCAAAAAACAAUCAACUUUGCAAGGUUUUGUGCCCAUGAAAAUUGUUCUGCUGACUUACAGAUUUCUGCAAAAUUUGAAUUUUUGAGGCCACAUGAAAAUAAAACCUAUCUUGCUGUUGGAAGUGCGAAGACAUUAAUGUUGAACGUGUCCUUGUUUAAUGCUGGAGAUGACGCAUAUGAAACAACUCUGCAUAUCAAACUACCCACUGGUCUUUACUUCAUUAAGAUUUUAGAUCUGGAAGAGAAGCAAAUAAAUUGUGAAGUAACAGACAGCUCUGGCAUAGUAAAACUUGACUGCAGUGUUGGCUAUAUAUAUGUAGAUCAUCUCUCAAGGAUAGAUGUUAGCUUUCUCCUGGAUGCGAGCUCACUCAGCAGAGCAGAAGAGGAUCUCAACAUCACAGUGCAUGCCGCCUGUGAAAACGAAGGGGUCACAGACAAUCUGAAGCGUAACAAAGUGACUGUAGUGGUACCCCUGAAGUAUGAAGUCAUGCUAGCUGUUCACGGGUUUGUAAACCCAACUUCAUUUGUGUAUGGACCAGAGGAGGACAGUGAGCCUGAAACAUGCAUGGCAGAGAAAAUGAACUUCACUUUCCACGUUAUCAAUACCGGCCAUAGCGUGGCUCCAAAUGUUAGUGUGGAGAUAAUGGUACCGAAUUCUUUUAUCCCCCAAACCGAUAAGUUGUUCAAUAUUUUGGAUGUCCAGACUACUACUGGAGAAUGCCAUUUUAAAAAUUACGAAAGAAAGUGUUCAUCAGAGCAGCAGAAAAGUGCAAUGGACACCUUGAAAGACAUCUUCAGAGUCUUGUCGAAGACUGAUAAGAGGCUUUUGUACUGCAUAAAAGCUGAUCCAUAUUGUUUAAACUUCUUAUGCAAUUUUGGGAAAAUGGAAAGUGGAAAAGAAGUGAGUGUUCACAUUCAGUUAGAGGGCCGGCCAUCCGUUUUAGAAAUGGAUGAGACUUCAGCACUCAAGUUUGAAAUAAGAGCAACAGCUUUUCCAGAACCAAAUCCAAAAGUUAUUGAACUAAACAAGGAUGAGAACAUUGCACAUGUUCUGCUUGAAGGACUACAUCAUCAAAGACCCAAACGUCUUUUCACCGUAGUGAUUAUUUCAAGCAGCUUGCUCCUUGGACUGGUUUUACUUUUAUUGAUUUCAUAUGUUAUGUGGAAGGUUGGCUUCUUUAAAAGACAGUACAAAUCCAUCCGACAAGAAGAAAACAGAAGAGAGAGUUGGAGUUACAUUAACAGUAAAAGCGAUGAUGAUGAUUAAAGACUUCUUUCAGAGAACUAAUAAGACUCAGGUAUAAAAAAUUUAAGAUACUGUUUACAAAAAACCACAAACUCUGAGCAGAGUUCAUUCAUGUACUUUUACUCAUAAUGCAAAUGAACAAUCCAAAUGUUGAUUGCUCUUUGAGCGAAAAUAAUUGCAAAGGUAAUAUUUAAUAUAUCGAGAUAUUCUUUCGGUUCUUAAAUGGAUAAACACUAAAGCAUUCAGUUUAUUCAAUGAGUAAUCCCUUGAAGCUACCUUGAAAUGAAAGUGCAUCUGAAUUAAGCAACUCAAUUGGAAGUCUUGGACUUGAAGUCCUUUAAAGGAAAUAUUAACCACAGGCGCUUGCUUCGGUAAAAUAAAUUUCACUGAAUAAUUCAUUCAGGUAAUAAUUCAUUUCCAAUAGCUCUUUGAGACUUGUUUGAAAUACAUUCUUUGAAAAAUUCUGCUAAAUACUUUUAAAGAACUGGUCCAUUAAAGUGACCAUUGUCACUUUAAGAUCUUUACUAGUAUACAUUUUCAAUGGGCUUUGGUCAACAAUCAUUUAUUCAGCAGUCUAUGAAUAUUAUAGGCCUGAAGAGCAACCUUCAGCCUGAACUUAUACACUGGUUUGAGCUUAAUGGGAUGACUUCUGGAUAACUGUUUAUACAGCUAUGGAUUUUUUUUCUUCAUUCUGUAUAUAUACAUACCUAACUUUUUAAAAGAAUACAUUUAUAUAGGUAUAAAUCCAUGAAUCCUCCUAUAACACAAUUUUAUCUAGGGUACCCAGGAGUAAAUUUUAAAAAUCUAUCAUUAGUCAAAAAUUUUUUUUAUAAAAACAGUACUUAAUUCUAAUUUAUAUUCUGGGACAGAUUAUGAAUGUUGCACUUUAGCUGAUAGUUGAAGUAUAAAUACACUGAUAGAUGUAAAAUAUCAAAACUAUACCUAAUUUUUAAAAACCAAAGCUCUACCAAGACAGGAGGCAAUAAUUCAUACAAAUUUAGAUCUCUGUAAAACAUUGUCAAAUUAAGCAAUAUACAAAUAUUUGUUUGGAUGUGUUACUCUUCUAUUCAAAUAUAAAAGCAUCCUCUUCUGCAUAAAAAUGAAGAAAUAAAAUUCAAAUAUUUAACUGUAAAUGCAAAAUACAGAUUUAGUUUACAUCCAAUGAACAUAAAUGUGACAUCAAAAUUUCCAUGAUAUGUUUUAGUGAUAGUUUUUUGUUAAUGGUAACUUAGAUUCCUUUUUAUAAUGUAGUUUCUGGAUUUUAAAUAAUUAUCUUUAAAUGCCUUUACAUUUACAAAUGCAACUUUUUUUGUAAUAUUUAUUCAUCCACAUGAACUAGAUGCUGAUUGUAGAAUAUAUUUUCAUCUAAACUGUGCUAAAUCUGUUAUAGGAAGUGAUCAAAAGAUGAAUUAGAGGGCAGUCUUUACUGUUAUGGAAAUAUUUCUUUAUAUGAAGUCCCUACCAACAGCUGUCUUCCUCAGACUGCCUAAUCCCUAUAAAUUAUCCAUUCACAAGCCUGUAGUCUGUGAUUUGUGGCUGAAGACUACGUGGAGAUUUUUGUAAAGGCAUUUGAGCAUUGAAACCCAACCACCAGGAACAUGAAACCUCCUGAACUCUGUAUGUGCCAAUAAAAAUCAUAAUUUAAAGUACACAUUUUUUUUUUUUUUUAAAUAAAAAGCUAAGUAGUUCAGGAGAAUGUCUAGAAUCACUGGUGCAAAAAUCAAGCCCAAAUUUAGAACUGUUUUCUCAGGAUGAUCCCUGAGGAAAUUUAGAUUCUUUCCUAUUCAGGAAUGACAGCAUUUCAGGUAUUACUGAAUACACUGAAACAAUGUGCUAUGAUUGCAGGAUGACGUGGCUUCCAGGAGCAAGAGAAAUAGCACAGCUCAAAAUUUUUUAUAAACUUCUUCAAUAUUACCUGUAUUAUAAAUUUUAAAACCC